CAUCCAAUAAACACCUUUCUAAAAAAUUGUGUAGCCUAGGGACCAAUCUAGACCUACACGUACACAUUCCCACUCCCACGUGUCACUCUCUCUUUCUCUCUCUCUCUAAACCUCCAAUGGAUUCCAAUUCCAUGGCGAAACGCCCCAAACCUCCGUCAGAUCACUUCAACAUGGACGCUCUGUUAACCUCCUUCUUAUCUCUAUCCGAUUCGCCGUCGAUCCACACCUCUUUCGACCGCCUUAUUCAAUCAACCGCCUCCGAUUCCGAUCAAAACCGGUUGAUUCAACGCGCUCUGCGUCUCGGUUCGCUUUUACUUGAUGCUGCUAAUCGAUCUGCUCGCAGAUGCUCUUCCGAUCAUAACGCCGUCGUUUGGCCGCUCUCGCCGGACCUCACUAUCAAGAUUUUUUCAAUGCUUGAUACACAAAGUGUAUGUUAUGUUGCGGCUACAUGCUCGUUUUUUCAGAAGUGUGCAAUGGAUCCUUCGUGUUUUGCUAACAUUGACUUGGCUACAUUAGUCCCUAAAGUCAACAAUGCUGUGGUGUCGACGAUGAUCCAUCGAGCUGGAGAUGCGCUUAAGUCUAUAAGGCUUGGUGUAUUACCAAUCGUUCCUGCUCCACCUUUCUUUUCAUCUCAACCGUUGGUUUAUAGCAUUAGAAACGCAAAUGACGCAUCAGGAUUUUCAUGGAAUGACAAAAAGUCAAGGCAGGGAAAGGAAUCUUCCAUUCUAACAAGGUCCUGUCUGAAUUCUUUGAGUGGCAAUGGUGGUGCACCUGGGUAUGGGGUUCAUUUGAGAAGAUUACACCUAUACAACAUUGAAAGAAUGGACAAUGCAUCCCUCUUGACAUCAUUAUCAGCUUGUCCAUCUCUCGUUGAUCUAGAAAUUGUGGGCCUGCAUGUUGAAUUGAGGCAUACAUUGGAGUCAAUAAGUAGAAACUGUCCGUUGAUAGAACGUUUGGUUUUCGAAUCAUCAAAAACAGGUAGAGAUGAUGGUUUGAAAUUCCCGACCUGUAAUGAAUUUGUCCACAACUGUCCUAACAUAACCACCUUAGCACUAAAAGGAUUUAAGCUACAUGACUACAAGGCUCGUAUGCUGGUAAAGGGUUUACGAAGAUUGAAACAUCUUGAUCUUUCAACGUCUUACUCAUUCACCGGUGCAUUUUUAAAGAAUGUUAGUGGCAAUGGCGGUGGCGGUGGUGAUAACUUAGAGGUGAUGAUCUUACGGGACUGUAUGCAUCUAAAGGAAAUUGAAGUCGAGCGGUUUAUGGCAGCUGUUCUUGCAGGGGAAUUCAAGCUCCUUAGACAUCUUGAUAUAUCUAACAGGGAAGGUCUAGCGUGUGAGGGUGACUGGAGCAAUAGAUGUUACAAUGCUAGCUUUAUUCCUAUACAGCAAUUAUUGGAACAGAGGCCUGAUUUUUGUUUGGUUGCUGAAUUCCCGAAAGGAAGUUACAAUGACAAUGAUCAAAUGAUAGGCAGUGACGUAAGUUUAGCAUCGCAGUCGAGCAGUAGCCAUACAUCUGACGGAUCAAGCACGUCAGACGGGAGUUAUAAUAGUGAUCAUGGUAGUGGUAACGAGUACGGUAGAGAAAGUGUUUUCACAAUCUACGAAGAAAACUCAGACUACCUCAUGAGUUGAUGACAAAUAAGCAUUAAUAUGUAUGAUUGUAGAAUAGUAGAAUAUGAUGGUUAAUAAUCGAGAUCGGAAAAAUAGGAAGGACUCGUCUUAAGCAUCCUUCAAGUUUCGUGAUGUUUAAGUGAUUAGCGAUGUUGGGCUUACGGAGGGCAGAAGCAUCUGAACCCGAGGGGCAACCCAAAACAUUCAAGAAAGGUAAUGUGACGGUUAUCCGGGUUGAGAUUAGUUAUACAGCUUUUUCAUAACGGGUAUUGUAUUAGGUGAUACUCGAUCCACGACUCGCAUCAAAAUCGAAUAUAUUAAUAUACUGUAUAAUCUUAAAAGUA